CGUGGCCACAGGCAGCAUCAGGGAGCUUUUCCUUCCCAUCUUCUCCCAGUUCCUCUUUCUCUGCGGGGUUUGCUCCUGGGUGUGCCUCUGUGCCAUGGUCCUGCUGCCGUGGCUUUGCUGUGGUCUCUUCUCCAUCAUUUCCGCCCAGCAAGACCCUGUCCUCUUAGCCAGGGACCUGGUAGAGGCUGAGAUUAUGGAUUACAGUCUGAUUGACAAUGUCGCACGCAGAAUCCCAAGGCAGGUCAGAGUUCUCCAUAGGCUGGAGAUCAGGCCUCGGAUGUCUGAAUUCCUGGUGAAAUCCACCAUAAUUUCUCGCUAUGCUUUCACCACUGUCUCCUGCACUUUGGUGAACAGUGGCUCGGAGGCCAGGGAAGGCAUCUUUGAAAUGCAGAUACCUGUCACAGCCUUCAUCUCUAAUUUUACCAUGGUAAUUGGUGAAAAGGUUUACCAUGGGGAAGUUACUGGGAAGGACCAGAAGCACGGUGAUGCAGAGAGGAACAACAGAUAUUCAAGGCCCAGAGAUGAUGGGGAAGAUGGAGUCGAGACGUUCAAAGCCUCUGGAAUGAUUCCGCGGAAAGGGGAGGCUGUCUUCCUGUUGCACUACGAAGAGCUCUUGCAGAGGCGGCUUGGGAAGUAUCAAUAUACUGUCAGCAUUCGGCCCCAACAGCUGGUGGGGAGGUUACGUGUGGAGGUGAACAUCCUUGAAAACUCAGGAAUUACCUCUCUGGAAGUGCCACCACUCCAGAACAGCAAGAACAAAGGCAGUAGGAAUGAGGCAGAUGAUGUUUCUCCACCACCUUCAACAGAGAUUGGCCACACAAAAACUAUAGCCAAAGUGACCUUCAAUCCCAACGUGGUCCAGCAAGCCAAGAUUGCACGGAAUGGCAUUCUGGGAGAUUUUAUUGUCAGAUACGAUGUCAACAGGGAAUUGAGUGUUGGGGAUGUCCAGGUUUUGAAUGGAUAUUUUGUCCACUACUUUGCUCCCAAAGAUCUCCCUCCACUACCGAAGAAUGUUGUCUUUGUGCUUGACAGCAGUGCCUCUAUGGUGGGGACAAAGCUGAGACAGACCAAAGAAGCCCUCUUCACUAUUCUCCAGGAUUUGAGGCCUGAAGACCACUUCAAUAUUAUUGGCUUCUCCAGUCGAAUCAAGGUCUGGCAACAGGACCAGCUGGUGCCAGCGACCCUUGACAACAUAAGAGAUGGAAAGAUCUACAUCCACAACAUGUCACCUACAGGAGGCACCAACAUUAAUGGGGCCCUCCAAAUCAGCACAAAGAUACUCAGUGACUACAUCACCCAGAGUGAUGUGGAAAACCGAACCGUCUCCCUGAUUAUCUUCUUGACUGACGGGCAACCCACCAUUGGGGAGACCAAGUCGGCCCAGAUCGUCAACAACACCAAGGAGGCCAUUCGGGAUCGCUUCUGCCUCUUCACCAUCGGCAUUGGCAAUGACGUGGAUUAUAGAUUGCUAGAGAGGCUGGCCCUGGAGAACUGCGGCAUGAUGCGGCGGAUCCAGGAGGACGAGGAUGCGGCAGCACAGCUGAAAGGAUUCUACGAUGAGAUUGGGACACCUCUCCUUUCUGACAUCCGGGUAGAUUAUCCUCCUGACAGCGUGGAGCAGGUAACCCAGAACCUCUUUCCCAACUACUUCAAUGGGUCCGAAAUUGUCAUUGCUGGGAAGCUCCUCAAGCAGACGGCGAACAGUCUGCAUGUGGAAGUGACCGCCAGCAACAACGACAAGUAUGUCCUGCUGAAGACUGACGUGGCCAUAGACCUCUCCGGUAAGAACCACGUUGGGGGCGCGUCCAGUGGUGUGGAAGGCCCUGCUGGCGAUCGGAACUACGUUGAGCGGGCCUGGAGCUACCUCACCAUCAAGGAGCUGCUCACUUCCUGGCUGAAGAGUGAUAACAGUGAGGAAAGGGAGCACCUAAGGGAGAAAGCCAAGGAACUGGCCCUCAUGUACAACUUUGUCACCCCCUUCACCACCCUGAAGAUGAAGGAGCUGGCACUUCAGGCAGAGCCACCAGAGGAGGUCUACACUGGCCCAUCGACAGAAGGAUUUGGACAGAUUGUGCAGGGACUGCAGGGGCACAGAGCACCGUCGGGUUCUGUACCUGGUAAGCCAGUGAAGCAAAAAACUAAGGUCUCUAAAACAUCAGCGGAUGGUGACCCUCACUUUGUUGUCGAUUUGCCCCUGAGCAAGCUAACCGUCUGCUUCAACAUUGAUGGGGAACCAGGGGACAUCCUCAGAUUGGUUUCCGAUCACAAAAACUCCGGUGUGAGCGUGAAUGGUGAGCUGAUAGGAGCCCCGGCCCCACCCAAUGGCCACAAGAAACACAGGACCUACUUCAAAAGCAUCACCAUUCUCAGUAACAAGCCAGAACGAUCCUAUUUGGAGGUCACCCCUACGAAGGUCAUCUUGGACGAUGGGGAGCGGCUUAUCCUGGCUAGUGACCGCAGUGCUGUAGUGGGAAGCAAGAACCUCGAGGUGUCCAUCUUUGCCCAUUCCAACGUCACUGUGACGAUCCGAGGCACCAUCGGUUUUGUCAUUCUGAUCCACCAUUACAAGAAUCCUGCUCCCUACCAAAAGGAUCAUUUGGGGUUCUACAUCUCUAACAGCCAAGGGCUUUCUGCUGACUCCCAUGGGCUGAUAGGUCAGUUCUUCUACCAAGAUAUUCAGCUCACUCAAGAGCCUCUUGAUCAGACGCACCAUGUGGCCAGCUGGAACCAAACCCCAGAAACAGAUGUGAACUCCAGCAAUGUAUUAAAGCUGAAGGGGCGUCUAGUUCCCGUGGUCUGGAAACAGAGAAAGAUCUAUAACGGCGAACAGCAAGUGGACUGUUGGUUUGCCAAGAACAAUGCCGAGAAACUGAUAGAUGGACAAUACAAGGAUUACUUGGCCUCUCACCCCUUUGAUACAGGGACAAGCUCCUUGACAGAAAGCAGGCUUCACGGGGAGAGAAACUGACUUGCUUGUGACACACGUGAAAUCCAUCUCUCUCGGAAACCCUUAGACUUUGUCAGCGCUUUGUAAUGCCAAAGAAACUGAGCUUAAACAAGGCAAGUCCAUUCACAAGCCAGCUGGUUGGUCUCUGGCUAACUAAAGACACUUUCACAAGUGACUCCAGUAAGGCCUCUCUGUCUAACAGGUGUUUUUUGUUUUGUUUUAAGAGCUUGUGAAUAUGUUUCACGCAGCCCGGAAAACGCUUAUGGAAUGCCGGCUAUUCAGCUGGAAUGCGGUGGUGGAUGAGCAAUCUUAAGAAGAGAUACACAUUAUUGGGGGUUUCGCACUAUGUAGAGUUUGAGGUGGUGGGUUGCUGUUGAAACAAAAAGGCAUCAAUUAGCUCGUAUGAAGCAGUUUUAGAUCCAUUGAUUUCAGCGGGAAAGAGUUAAGCAGGCGGCUAACUUCUUUAUUCAGAUCAAUGGGAUUUAAAAUGUGCUUAGCUUUGGCUGGAUGAUGCCCAUCACAACCAGAUUGCAUCUCUGGAUGUAUGGCCUUUCCCAGCCUUGAAGAUGGUGAGAGUGGUAUUCCUAAGAGAAAUUCUACUGUGACGCAGUUACUGUGACAUUACUGUGCAGAAAUAAGGAAUAUAAAUUCAUUAGAGGCUACACUGCAAUCCGAAACAUGCUUAUUCAGAAGUAAGUCCCACUGAAUUCAAUGGGACGUCUUCCUUAGUACGCAUGUUUAGGAUUGCAGCUUCUCUCUUUUGCCUCGGAAUUGGAGGAUAUCCAUAUGCAAAGUGCAUUAUCCUCUUUAUUGCAAUUUGCAAUAAAGCAUCCAUCUGAGGUAGGUCAAUAUAUUAAUCCCAUUGUACAGAGGUUAAAAGUGAAUGAUUUGCUUAAGGAGAGGCAAUCUGGGACCCUGUUUUCCAGAUGCAAAUCUGUUGCUUUCUGCCAGGAGUUCUUAGAACUGGGGGCCCCGAUUUUGUUGGACUACAACACAGGAAGCUGCCUUAUACCGAGUCAGGCUAUUGGUCCAUCUAGCUCAGUACUGUCUACACUGACUGACAGCAACUCUCCAAGUUUUCAGGCAGAAAUCUUUCCCAUUCUUACCUAGCAAUGCCAGGGAUUGAACCUGGGACCUUCUGCAUCCUAAGCAGAUGUGCUUUCACUGAACUAUGGCUACAAAGGCCAUUGCGGCAGGGGAGGAUGGGAGUUGUAGUCCAACCCAGCAACAUCUGGGCCCCCAAGGUUUGACCCGUGCUAUAAGCAAGUCUCCAAAAGCCUGACCUGUGGAGAUGAAGGUCAGUUUGAGUCAGGGCUCAGUCCUGAAUUCCCUUUGGAAGGUCUCACCCAGGGCUAUGUGAAAUAAUAAAGAAAAGAUGUCUCCUAGGACACACAGAAUGAAUGUUUGCUUUAGUGAAAGGUCACAUCUGCUCAAACUAAAGGGCAGGAAUUCUAGUUCAUCACCUUGUAGGCAGGCUUGAGCACAUUCAUCUCUAUUGUAUUAAUUAAACACUGAGUGCAUCCAGGUUUCUCUGAGGCCCAAGGGGCAGGGCCUCGGCAUACAAGGUGGGUGCUUGCCAGAGCAGGAGGCGGAGCCUAGCAGGCAGUGGGUGGGGCAAGAGAACAGGCUGGGGAAGAACCGGACUGAUCUGGUGCCUCCAGUAAGGAGCUUGAUGGGGGAAGAGGAAACGCUCUUAAGCCAAGCAGAAUAGCCUCCCACCUUGAUUCUGGCCUCUCGACACUGGGGCUUUGCUCUUUUCCCCUGGAAUCCCUGAAGAGAGCAGCUGAAACUCUGGCAUUUCUGGGUCAGGCUUGAAAACGCUAUUCCCAGUCAGAUCGCUCACUGAGCAUUCUGUUGUAUCUAAUGGCACCACCUGGGCACUCUGGGUUUCUCAGGGCUUUUUCGGCUCGCUUAGAAAGUGCCAGUGAUGCAAGGGGUGAUUGAAAAUGCAAGCUAUGUUACUUUGGGAGGUAAGGUGGAGAGAUGGUCUUGGCAGGAUUCUUUGGGCCCCAGUCAUUGUUCCCAGUAAUGGAUUCCCAGAUGUAGAUGACUACAACUCCUAUAAUCCCCAGCAAAAGGCCACUGCAGCUGGGGAUGCUGGGAAUUGUAGGCAACAUCUGGAAAUCCCUCUUACAGGCAACACUGGUCCCAAUGCCUCCAGAAUACCCAAGACAUGUUGAUGCCUGGAGGGAGAAAGCCAAGUAGGCUCACUCCUCCUCCAUACCCUGCCUUCUCCUUUUCUCACUAAUAUUUCAUGAAUUUAAAUAUUUGCCAACAUGGUGCCCACGAUCUACUGCCUGAAUCUGCCCAUCUCAUUUUGCCUAAUGGCAGGGCCAGCUCUGCUAUGGGUUACAUAGGAAGCUACCAUACAGAGUCAGACCACUGGUCCAUCUAGCUCAGUAUGAUGUACAAUAAGAGUACUUCUCCGAUGUACCUGGUUGGCCACUGCAUGGAACAGGAUGCUGGACUAGAUGGGUCUUUGGUCUGAUCCAGCAAGCAGAUCCCAACUAUGGGUCCCUAGAUGUUGGUGGACUACCACUCCCAUCACCCGUAGGCACAAUGGGAGGGAUGAUAGCAGUGGUAGUCCCGCAACUUCUGGGGACCCCAGACAGGGAACCCUGGUGUACACUGAGUGGCUGUGGUUCUCUGUAGGGUUUCAGACCAGAGUUUCUCCCAACCCUACCAAGAGCAUUUCCAGAUGGGGCUUUUAACUCACUUCUCCUCCGGAAUGGAGGCUGUGCAUUCACAUAUCGGCCAGAUUUACUCCAAAGUCCCUGCGAGCUUUAGGGGAGCAUUCCACACACAAUUUGGGUUUUUCAUUGCCCGUUAAUGAAUAGCCCAAUUUAUGUCUGGGGUAAAAAUAUCCACUUUUUGUGUCUGAUUUUUUGGGGGGCGAAUUCGAAUUCACAGCAAACCCAUGGUAAAGGUUCCCCAUUGCAUCCCCUUCUCCCGUUGCAGUCUCAUAUUUCACUCCAGCUGUGCAAUAAUAAACUUUGUUAGUCACCCCA